GCCUGGACACUCGUGAUGCGGCUCCAGUUCUCAUUGCCACUGGGUGCCCCGUUUCUAAAAAACCAAUCAGCGUCUCCGCGGUCUCCACCGACCCGCCCAGAUGCUUCUUCCCAGACCCAGAGGCUGCGAGUCAUGGGGCCGCGAACCCUUCUCCUGCUCCUUUCGGGGAUCCUGGUCCUGACCGAGACCCGGGCUGGCUCCCACUCCCUGAGGUAUUUCCUCACCGCCGUGUCCCGGCCCGGCCUUGGGGAGCCCCGCUUCAUCACCGUCGGCUACGUGGACGACACGCAGUUCGUGCGGUUCGACAGCGACGCCCCGAAUCCGAGGAUGGAGCCGCGGGCGCUGUGGGUGGAGCAGGAGGGACCCGAGUAUUGGGAUCAGCAGACGCGGAUAGCCGAGGACGUCGCACAGAGUUUCCGAGCGAACCUGAACACCCUGCGCGGCUACUACAACCAGAGCGAGGCCGGUGAGCAACGUGGGCCCGGGUCCAGGUCACGACCCCCAUCCCCAGGGACCGGCGGGGUCGCCCCGAGUCUGCAGGUCCGAGGGUCACCCCAACACUGCGGAACACGCCCGGCACCCCCACCCGGGAGGAGCCGCAGGGACUUGACCAGAGAUUACCUCGCCCUGAACGAGGACCUGCGCUCCUGGACCGCGGCGGACACGGCGGCUCAGAUCACCAAGCGCAAGUGGGAGGCGGCAGGUGUUGCGGAGGAACACAGGAACUACCUGGAGGGCGGGUGCGGCGAGUGGCUCCUCAGAUACCUGGAGAACGGGAAGGACACGCUGCUGCGCGCAGACCCUCCAAAGGCACAUGUGACCCAUCACCCCAUCUCUGACCGUGAGGUCACCCUGAGGUGCUGGGCCAUGGGCUUCUACCCUGAGGAGAUCUCACUGACCUGGCAGCACAGUGGGGAGGACCAGACCCAGGACAUGGAGCUUGUGGAGACCAGGCCUUCAGGGGACAAGACCUUCCAGAAGUGGGCGGCCCUGGUGGUGCCUUCUGGAGAGGAGCAGAGAUACACAUGCCGUGUGCAUCACGAGGGGCUUCAGGAGCCCCUCACCCUGAGAUGGGAACCUCCUCAGACCUCCUUCCUCACUGUGGGCAUCAUUGUUGGCCUGGUUCUCCUCAUGGUGGCUGUGGUGGCUGGAGCUGUGAUCUGGAGGAAGAAGCGCUCAGGUGAAAAAGGACGGAUCUACACCCGGGCUGCAAGCAGUGACAGUGCCCAGAGCUCUGAUGUGUCUCUCACGGUUCCUAAAGGUGGAUUCUUUACCAACUGAGCUACCAGGGAAGCCCUAUAUGCAGAAUACAUCAUGCAAAAUGCUGGGCUGGAUGAAGCACAAGCUGGAAUCAAGAUUGCAAGGAGAAGUAUCAAUAACCACAAAUACGCAGAUAACACCACCCUUAUGGCAGAAAGCAAAGAGGAACUGAGGAGCUUCUUGAUGAAAGUGAAAGAGGAGAGUGAAAAAGUUGGCUUAAAACUAAACAUUCAGAAAACUAAGAUCAUGGCAUCUGGUCCCAUCAGUUCGUGGCAAAUUAAUGAGGAAACAAUGGAAACAGUGACAGAGUUUAUUUUGGGGGCUCCAAAAUCACUGUAGAUGGUGACUGCAGCCAUGUAAUUGAAAGAUGCUUGCUGUCUGGAAGAAAAGCUAUGGCCAACCUAGAUAGCAUAUUCAAAACCAGAGACAUUACUUUGUCAACAAAGGUUCAUCUAGUCAAAGCUAUGGUUUUUCCAGUAGUCACGUAGGGAUGUUAGAGUUGGACCAUAAAGAAGGCUGAGCGCCAGAGAAUCGAUGCUCUUGAACUGCGGUGUUAGAGAAGACUCUUGAGAGUCCCUUGGACUGCAAGGAGAUCAUACCAGUCCAUCCUAAAGGAAAUCAACCCUGAAUAUUCAUUGGAAGGACUGAUGCUGAAGCUGAAGCUCCAAUAAUUUGGCCACAUGAUGGGAAAAACUGACUCAUUGGAAAAGACCCUGAUGCUGGGCAAGAUUGAAGGCAGGAGGAGAAGGGGAUGACAGAGGAUUAGAAGGUUGCAUGGCAUCACCGACUCAACGGAUAUGAGUUUGAGCAAGCUCCGGGAGUUGGUGAUGGACAGGAAAUCCUGCUGUGCUGCAGUCCAUGGGGUUGCAAAGAGUUGGAUAUGACUGAGUGACUGAAAUGAACUUUUGUAUUUCUUUGUAUAUGCAUUUUUAUGGGGAAAGUAUCUAUAAAAUUGAUCAAUUUACAUGUGACCCACCCAAAAGUCUUUUAAGUACUAGUUUAGACACCAAGCUAUAAUCUCUAUUCCAUGAGGACUAAUAAUCCAACAGUCUUAGCAGAUCCAAUGACAUGAUAAAAAUGCUCGUCUUUUUCUUGGCAAUUACCAUUCUGGGUCAAGAUAAGUUAGUUUACUUGCUUAUGUUCACUUGCAAUGUCUGUAUGUUUCUUAUUGUGAGCUGAUAACAAGCAUGUCACAAACCAGCACAGGCUUACAGAAGAGAUAAAGUAUCUUUUGUUUCGAUAGACUUGUAUUCUGACAGCUACCCUGGUGCCAGAAAAAUAGCAGGAUUGAAAAAUUAAGCCUUGGAGAUUCCAUUUUUAGUAACAGGGUUGGCCUGGUUUUAAGGCUUACUUGUCCAGUGAAAACAAAUAAAAAUAAUAGAUUUAGUAUAAAAAGCUUCCAUAAGCACAGUACCAAGAGAAUCAAUGUUUAGGCCAAAAUAUAAAUGUGGGUAAUAUUUCAGAGGGAGAAGUUGUUUUUAUCCUUAAGGCAUUAGCCAAAUCUGGGAAAAAUCUUACCUUUGGUUUUCUGAAGCUUAUGAGCUGUAAUAGGAAAUGUAAUCCAGAGAUUAUUCAUGUGGGGAGCAUAGGUGACAUCCCCUCCUUGAAAAUUCAGAAACCAAGAGUCAUAUCCUCAGAGAGGAUGUGGAGAGUUUGGAACCAUGGAACCAGCUAGUGGGAAUAUAAAAUGGUGUUGGAAAACAGCCUUGAAGUUCCUCCAAGUUUGAAUCUAGCGUUACUCUAGGACUCAUAAAUUCCAUUCCUAGGUAUUUACCUUGGAGAAAUGAAAAUGGUAGUCUACACUACCAUGUUUAUAGCUGACAUUCAUAGCAGCGUUAAUCAUGACAGUCAAACAGCAGAAAUAACUCAGAUCUCCAUCCCUUCAUGAAUGAAUUAGUAAAAGUGGUACAAACCUGCCUUGGAAAAUUAUUUGAAAAUGAAAAGAAGGAAGUACAGACAUCUAGUACAUGGAUGCCUAGUGUGGGUGAAC